AUCUGAAAAUUAUCUUUAUUUUGUAUUGUUAUACCAUUUAAACAGGCUGUUCUUUCUCUCGUCGCAUUUACGCAAUGUUUCCUCGAAUUAAGAUUCGAGCAUCCGUUAUUAUUGUUUAGAAGCUGCUGGGGUUUUGGAUCUCUUAUGCCCUUUGUUAACAGAUCCUGUACCAUCUAUUCAGCAUACAGCUGCAGUUGCAUUAGGAAAACUUGCAAAUAAUAGUAUGAAAUUGGCACAAGCUGUUGUAAGAAUGGGUAUUUUACCUCAAUUAUUGAAGAAUAUUGAUAAACAAAAUGUAUGAAUAAAUUUUAUAAAAAAGCAGCCCUAUUUGUUUUACGUGCAAUUGCUAGACAUUCCCCAGAAUUGGCAUCUAUGGUGAUUCAGAAUAAUGGAUUGGAUACUAUAAUAAUUUGUUUAGAAGAUUUUGAUUCUGGUGUUAAGGAAGCUACUGCUUGGGCAUUAGGAUACAUUGCUAGGCAUAAUAAAACUUUGGCUCAAGCCAUAGUUGAUGCAGGAGCUGUUCCACUUUUAGUCUUGGCCUUACAAGAACCUGAAUUAUGUUUAAAACAAAUUAGUGCCUCUGCUUUAUUCGAUAUAAGCAAACAUAAUAUUGAUCUUGCAGAAACAGUGGUUGAUGCAGGAGCCAUUCCUUUUCUUGCAAAGGCAUUAUCUAAUCCUGAUACUAAGUUAAAGCGUCAAGUUCUUUUGGCAUUAAGCAGUAUAGCAAAACACUCUGUACACCUAGCAGAAUCUAUUAUUGAAGCUGAAGUUUUUCCUGAUGUUCUUGUACACAUGGCACAUCCUGAUGAAUGUGUCGUUAAAGCUGCUGCAAUGUUAACUAGAGAAAUUUGUAAACAUACAUUAGAGUUGGCCCAACUUAUAGUGAAUAUUGGUGGUAUUGGUGCACUUGUUGAAUUAAUUAGCACCUCAAAAUUAACAGUCAGAUUGCCAGCAAUAAUGGCAAUUGGAUAUAUUGCUGGACACUUAGAUCAGUUAGCUAUUGCAGUCAUAGGAUCCAAAGGAAUUGUUCACCUAUCUACUAUAUUAUAUGAAGAAAAUGACGAUCAUACGCUUGCUGUCACUGUAUGGGCAAUUGGGCAAAUUGGGAAGCAUACAUCAGAACAUGCAAAAGCAGUUGCAGUCGCAAACAUUCUUCCAAAGUUAUUACAGCUGUACAAUAAUCCAAAUAGCUCAGAAGAUCUCAAAGCAAAAUGCAAUACAGCACUGAAACAAAUACUACAAAAAUGUAUGUAUAUUGAAGCUUUGGAAUCCUUGCUGCAUGAUUCACCACCUAAUAUUCUAAAAUAUGUACUUGGACAAUUUAGCAAGAUUUUGCCUCAUGAUCCCAGGGCAAGAAGAUUAUUUGUAACAUCCGGUGGUUUAAAGAAAGUACAAGAAAUUCAAGCAGAUCCUGGUUCAACACUUUUGGAGUAUAUACAAAUUAUAAAUUGCUGUUUUCCAGAUGAAAUUGUCAGAUAUUACUCUCCUGGAUAUCCAAACAGUCUUUUGGAAGCUGUAGAACAGUAUCAACCGAAAUGUCCUUCCCUAUUUGCAAUAGAAGAACACUUAUCUUCUGAUAUUGAUUCUAAAUCUUCGCUAUCAUCUUUCAAUGAAGAAGGUUAAAGUUUGAUUCAUCCCGAUUGUGGAAUCAGUAUAUUCUCUAAUCAUGUAUUAUGUGCAUUGGUUAAGAGGAAAUGAAGAUCGUUAUUUAAGAAAUAUUGCCAAAUAAAUCUUUUUCAAAAAGUUA